AUGUCAUUCCAUAAUUGGGACGAAGUCAUUGCGCACUUUUCUACGCACCAACCAACACCAGAGCAGUUAGAAGUGCUUGAGAAGAUGAAGGAGGAGACUCUGGAGUACUUGAGACAACAAAUUGCAAAUUACAAUUCGAAGAUUGACGAAACAGUCUAUAGAGUCUCAUCGGCAGAGUCACAUAUAGAAGUGGACCAGUUGGUCAGUGACUUAUUAUAUUAUACUGCUGAACGAAACAAAUUAUAUAACAAAUUGAAAGAAUUGGAAUAA